UGUUGUCUGGCGGUUGGCCAUGCAUUUCAUUCAAACGCGAUCGCCGGCCAAGCAACUCCGCUUGGAAUCCGCUUUGGGCCUAUUGGGGGACUGUCGUUACAAAACCGAACAUUGUUGGAUUCGAAGAAUUAACCAUGGCAAAGUUGAAUGCUCUGCUGCUGGCCCUCUUUCUGUGCGUCGUGGCCUUCCUAGUGCACACAUCGUUGGCCACAGUUCAGCCAAAGGCCCCAAACUUCCAAUACUUUGAAAGGCCCAAAUACCGUUAUCCCUACUACGAUGAACAUGGAAGAGGCAAGCUUUUAUAUGGCUAUGGCGGACCGGAACUUUAUCAGUACAAGACCUACACGCCGCUGGAGGGCAUACACUGAGCCAUUAUUUACCACUAUUUAAACUAUAGCUGAUAAAGUUGAUAAUUUAGGUACUUUUGCUUUAUUUAAUU